AAUGACUGUCCUGAGCAUCAGGGGACCCACACUGGACAAUACCCAGAACAAAGCAGUGUCCAGUCCCUGAUGGGUGCUGUGUGGUAGGCCUACAGACUACCAUGUGAUUAUCCUGUUAGACCCAGGGUCCCAGGUGGUGUGGCUUGCCAUCUGUACUCUCCUAUCUCAGAUGCAAUGACAACUCCGCUCAUGGGUGUGAUGCCCACCUCCUUAAGGGCAACCCUGCAGAACUGUUCCAGGGGCAACCAGCAAGAAGGCCUCUUCUCCCCCAAGGCCAUGGGGAGAAUGGCUGGUCAGAAGGACAGCACCAAGCCCAGGGAUGAAGUGUUCCAUCCACAUGCAGCCAAGGACAGCCUUCUGGCCACAACACUGAGGUGGCCUGUUCUCUCCCAGCAGUUGAGUCCACCUCAAACAGUUCCCUAUGUGGCCUGGUCUGGCAAUAUCAAGGAUCCAAGCCCCUACAUGAAGGGCUGCAGCCUGCCCAUGUGGUCUCCAUGCUUGGACACUAAGGACGUGGACAGCUCGGUGUCAUCCGGCAGAAUGUCUGGCUCCUCAGGGGGGCAUGAAUCAUGCACACUUUCUCAUGGGCCCUGGAAGGAAAGGCCACCCCUGAUACUGGGACCCCAGCGCCAGCCCAGGAAGAGUGACCCUCGUCUGGAGCAGUUGAGGGACAAGAUCCGAGCCCAGGCACAGUGGCAGGCUAGCUGUGCCUCCCUGGGCACCUCUGCCCCCUCUAGUGCCUCGUGCCUCUACAAAACCUCGACGAUGCUAUGGCGGAAGACCCCCAAGGUGACAAAUGCGCUUCCAGUGCCUGCUUUCCCAGGAUCAGGCGUUCUUCGUACAGCUGAGCAUAGGGGCAAAGACAGGGCAUCUCUCAGCUUGAGACGGGAGCUCUCAAAGGUUCCCCAGCAUCAUACUUCAGUUCCAAGGACAAACUUCAAAAAGGUCAAAAAUGCUUCUUGCAAAAGAGAGAUCUCAAAGUCUUCUAUCCUUCGCAGAACUGCCAAAGGCAGAGGCUCUGACAGGAAAGCAGCAGCUGUCAAGGCCUCACCUGCCCACACCUGGUUGUGUAAACCCAUGUCUGCCCACAGUGACCAGCAGGUUUCCAAGCAUACACCCAGCCUGGCUUUCCAGGAUCAGUCAGCAACUAUCCAUGGUGCUAUGGAGACCCUACAAGACCUGCGCCAACAAAUCCAGGCUGGCCUGGAGCUUACCAGGAGCCCCAGAGUGGACAGGAAGCUCUCACUAUCGAAACCAAAGCCACAGAACCUGGUAGGGAAGAGGGAUCGGGGACUCCAAAGCACCCAGGACAUGCAGGGCUCCUCAAAGACUGCUUGGACUGUGACAGAAGGAAAGAACUCUUCCUUGCACAGAGCUGGGAACUUGCACAGCCAGCAACACAGGAAGAAAGCCUUGGCUGAGCACGAGUCUUGUCCACGGAGGACCUGGACAGGACAGGGGCAAGACUCCUCUUUCCCCAGGCCUGGGAGCACCCCAGAAAAACCACGUUUCUUCUCACAGCGGCCCUGGAGUGCCCUGGCUAGGCAGACCUACCCACAGAGGACCUGGGAUGCUCAGGGCCAGGACAUCUCUGUCCAGAAGUCUGGGAGCUCCCUUAAAAAGCCAAGCCCCUUCUCACAGCGGCCCUGGAGUGCCCUGGCCGGCAGAGCUUACUCAGCUUGUGAAGAUCGGGAGGUAUUUGAGCCCAGUCCGUGGAACUCUCUGAGUCGGCCGCAUUCUGCUCUCCAGGAUCCCUGGAGUAAUUCUUUUGUGCAGAGGUCCAGUCCCUCCAGCAAGGGCAAAAGUGCUGUCCCUCCUCCCUCAAAAGUCAAGCCAGCUUGGCCAGAGCCUUCCCAAGACUUGCUGCAAAGCAAACCAGCAAAGGAACAGGACACACCCUGUCCAAGGCCACGGGGGUCUCUGGGCCAGCAACAUAGCUCUGAGUCCUUACGUGACUUCAUGCGUCAGAAAGCUCAGGCCCGACGGCAGCAGGCCCUGGAGCAGAAGGCCUUGGCUGCACACACUCUGGAACUGCGGAACCAGAGGCUGCAGGAGGUAUACCGGAAGCAACGAGAGGCCGUCCUUGGCAAGGACAUCCCUGUGGUCUCCCAGAGGCGCCCUGGCAUCGUCACUUUUGUUCCCAUGCAGUCUGGGGGCAUGGAAGCCCCUGGGAGCCUGGGCUCACCACGUGAGCAGACAUGGAGCAAAGUGACAUCUGGCAUGGUGCUUGGGGACCAAGAGGCUCCAGACAGCUUCUGUUUGUGUUUGAACAAACCGUGGAACCGCAUUGAGACCCAGGACACUGGACGGCCCCUGGAAGGCUACAAGCAAGCCCGGCUGCAGGCACUGGAGACCAUGGCUGAGGCCCUCAGGCAACGUGUUGACAUCCUAACCACCAAGCUGGACAAGCCGACGUCUCCUGACACAUCUGGUGACCUGGCAUCCGACGUGCUGCCCUUGUGCCCCAGCACAGCACCUGCCACCCCUACACUCGUUCCGCCCUCUUACCUCAGAACCUUAAUGUCUAAAGGGGGCAGAGAAAGUCCCCGGGACUUGGUGGAUUCACAGGCUGAGCCCCUUCUCCUCAGCACCUGCUUCCAGGAUGGUGAAAUGCUACCAUGGAGCCCCAGUUGGGAGCUGCCGAACCCAAACCUGGGGACCCACAUUGAAAGCCAGCCCCAAGGUCCUGUUUCUAGCACCCCUGCCUCAGUGUCUCAGGUCAUCCCUCACACUCAGUCUUGCCCUGCUGGCUCAUCAAGUCAUGGGGCCCUUUCCAAAGAAGCCAUACAGGGGCUGGAGAAGAAGCUGCAGAGAGAGAUGGCUACCCUCCAGGCCCUCGGUGCGUGCAUGAAGAGCUCGCUUGGGAUGCCAGAUGCACCAGACCCCACCCGUGGCUCCCUUUGGCAGGAAGAGAUGCCAGAAGUAAAAAAGGAAGGCUUGGUAACGCCCUGGACCACCCGGAGCUGCGGUAAGGGCGAGCCUGCAGAUAGGCCCUGGGCUGGCUGGUCAGGUGGCCAGGGGGGCCUCCCGUGGGCCUCUUCCACCGCCUAGCUUGAGCUUGGUCUUGCAGAGGAGACCUAUUUCUAUGUGGAUGGCAGCCACACAUCAGUAUUAAAGUGUUUUGAGGCUCUCCAGCCCCUACCACCU